AUGGAUAAUACGCCAUUACCAACAACACCUGGUUCAACUGCAGAUGAAUGGCAUGAUGCCUCAGCCGAUAACAGUCCGGCAACAAAUGAAGCUCCAUCUAAACUUGAGUCAGCAACAUUAUCAAAAGCAAGUACAGGAACAAAUGAAAAGCGUUCAAUGCACUUUAGUAAAAACAUGGGUAUUGAUGUCGAUCUAAACAUUGGCCCAGCACCUCUAUCUUAUGAAGAAAAAGCAAUUAAAGAACGAGAAAAUUGUGACUAUUCAACUCAAAUUACUUUAGACAUGGCCAAAAACGGUACAGCACCAAGAAAAGUCCGCAUCUACGCAGAUGGAAUUUAUGAUUUAUUUCAUGCUGGUCAUGCGCGACAAUUGAUGCAAGCAAAAAAUAUUUUUAAAAAUGUUUAUCUUCUCGUUGGUGUUUGCAAUGAUGAUUUAACACAUAGUAAAAAAGGUAAAACAGUGAUGGAUGAAGCUGAACGUUAUGAAAGUGUUCGUCACUGUCGUUAUGUCGAUGAAGUUGUUAUUGAUGCACCAUGGGUACUUGAUGAUGACUUUUUAACGCACAACAAAAUUGAUUUUGUUGCACAUGAUGAAAUUCCAUAUGGAGCUGAAGGAAGUGACGAUAUUUAUCAACAUAUUAAAGCGCGUGGUAUGUUUGUUGCAACUCAACGUACAGAUGGUGUAUCAACAUCCGAUAUUAUCUGCCGUCUUGUUCGUGACUAUGAUAUGUAUGUUAGACGGAAUUUAGCUCGUGGUUAUUCUGCACAAGAUUUAAAUGUUGGUUUUCUAAAAAAGAAUCAAUUAGAAUUUCAAUCAAAAAUUGAUACAGUGAAAUCCAAAUUUCGUACAUAUGAAGAAGAAUCAAAAACAUUCAUGGAACGUUGGGAAGAUCGAAGCAAAGAAUAUAUACACAGCUUCAUCGGUUUAUUCGAAAAGACAGGUGUUUUACAUUUACUUCAUCGAUCACAAUCGCCCUUCAUGCUGCCCAGUAGUCAUGGUGGUAAAAGUGAUACAGAAGAUGAAGAUACAGGUGCAUCGAAAAACACCCACAUCCAUAAUAAAUCAAAGCAAAAUGAUAAAAAAACUCAAGGAACAAACUAA